AUGAAAGGAUUGGUUAAUCAACGAAUUGAUGAGGACAAAGGCAAGCCAUCCACAAAUGGAGGGGGAAAUAGAGGAGGGGGAGGAGGAGGAGGAGGAGGAGGAGGAGGAGGAGGAGGGAGGAUGAUGAUGAAUGGGGGAGCACCUCAGCUGGGACACAUAGCAGAUGGGGUGAACAGGUUGAGACCUACAGGAAGAUUACCUGCUAAUCCCUCAAACAGAAGUGGGCCGUUAUUACCUCCAGGAAGAAAACCUUCACCAAGUGUUCCAGUACGGGAUGUGUCGUUGGAGUCUCAACACACAGCUGAAAAUAAUAGUGUACCACCUAGUCCAAAGCCUAGUAGUAAGAGUAAUCCAGCCCCUCCUCCACCCCCUGCUACGUCGAAACCUUCUUUUCCAAAUGAUCGACUGACGAGAGGCCCUCUCCCUGUGCCUCCCAACCCUGCUAAUAAACCUGCACCCCCUAGACCGCCUGUGGAAGAGCUGCCCACUUCGGUUCCCUCUGAAAGUGGUUAUCACCCAGCCCUUCCAAGUAAGCCAGUUUUAAUAAACAAGCCAUCUGUUGGAAAUAAACCAGCACCCCCUAGACCUCCCACCGGAUCAAAACCAACACUACCACCACCAAAAAUGCCAAUAUUACAGCCAAAUGGGAGCACUCCACCUUCUAGUAAACCUGCAAGUCGGACUAACAGUAUGAGAGAAUGUCGGAUUCCAAGUGAGCCAGAAUUCCAUAUCCAAAAUAAUAGUUGCCCUGGAGAGGACUCUUUGUUACCUUCUCGCACCCUUCCUCUCUCUCAUAAUCACAGAAAUAUUCAAAGUGGGCUAUCAGCAAAUCAUGGUUCCAUUCGCCCUAACACUGUUGGGCAUCGCAUGGGGGCGAAUAUUGCGAGAUCUAUGACACGCCCACCUUCUGAACGACCACCACCACCUCCAAAUCGACCAAGUGUUCCUCCACCAAGUCAACCCCCUCCACCACCACCACCUAGCAGACCAGUGCCUGUGCCUUCAGCAUCCUUAAAACCUGAGGAAGAGCUGCCCACUUCGGUUCCCUCUGAAAGUGGUUAUCACCCAGCCCUUCCAAGUAAGCCAGUUUUAAUAAACAAGCCAUCUGUUGGAAAUAAACCAGCACCCCCUAGACCUCCCACCGGAUCAAAACCAACACUACCACCAAAAAUGCCAAUAUUACAGCCAAAUGGGAGCACUCCACCUUCUAGUAAACCUGCAAGUCGGACUAACAGUAUGAGAGAAUGUCGGAUUCCAAGUGAGCCAGAAUUCCAUAUCCAAAAUAAUAGUUGCCCUGGAGAGGACUCUUUGUUACCUUCUCGCACCCUUCCUCUCUCUCAUAAUCACAGAAAUAUUCAAAGUGGGCUAUCAGCAAAUCAUGGUUCCAUUCGUCCUAACACUGUUGGGCAUCGCAUGGGGGCGAAUAUUGCGAGAUCUAUGACACGCCCACCUUCUGAACGACCACCACCACCUCCAAAUCGACCAAGUUUCCUCCACCAAUUCAACCCCCUCCACCACCACCACCUAGCAGACCAGUGCCUGUGCCUUUCAGCAUCCUUUAAAAAACCUGAGGUAAUAGUGAUAAUUCAUGCCAUUUUAGAUUAUCAGUAUCUGUGA